AUGUCCGUCUCCCUCAUCUUAUUCGCCUUUGGCCAAAAAGUGAGUUCUUAUUUUUGUCCUGAUUGCCUGAAUAACAUUCUCCGCAAUAUAGUUCACAAUCAGUCAUACUUAUGACAUUUUUUUACUCAGCGUCCUUAUUCCUACAGUAUUAUAUCAUUAAUCUGAUCGGAAAGUAAUCUCUAAAGUCUGGCAAACAGGACAUUUACUGACGGCUUUUUAAACUCUUUUCUUUCUGCUGCCUUGUCUCUUCAUCUUGCCAAAACGAGGGCUUGGGCAGCGAAAUUAACUAGAAAUAGCACCGACAGCGAGUUAAUACUGCCCAGUGUUUUCUCUUUAAGCUUAGCCUAAAAGUUCCAGUGUAUGAGCUUAAGUUAUCUUUGAAGCUUGGAUUCUGAGCUUUGAUAUUCUCCUGAUCUCCUUACGCCAUCUCUCGCAUUCAUAUGAAAGUGGACACUAAUGGUGUUCAGUUAUGUCUGUUUGAGAAGGCGGAACAUUCCUGACAGCACACAGGAAGGUUUUCAGGCAAAUUCGCCAUAUACGUCGAUUUCCCAGUAUUCGUUGUUUCAGGUUCUGUUAGAUCAAAAAGUCGUACAUUGAACAAUAAAAAGCCCAGAACCGUAUCAUCACUUAUUUGUGAGAUUUAAAUGUCAAGGAAGUUGUUUUUUAAAUUCACAAUGCUCGUAUUUGGUUUGCCCGUACUUGUGUUUUAUUGAGCCGUCCGCAAUGAUCCUAUAAACCGGGCAUCCGCUCGGUCAGUCCCCUCCUACGGUCGUGAAUAUUAAGCUGUUUGUGUGGAGAACGGGCGAAAACUGGAGGUCCUCGACCAUAUUUGUCGCGAACGGUCCCCUGAGCGACGUAUGCCAGUCUCAUUGUGAACGGCGAGCCUGCACGCACUGUGACAAGAUCGUAAGGAUAUUUUAGACCACUUAAUAAAGAUGGCAAGAAGAUUUUAGUAAGUCCUUUAUCGUCCGCCAUCUAAGUUCAUUGUUGUUACACUAAAUCUCCGUAACUGAACUACAGGCGACAAAAUGAUUGUCACUGGAUCGUCGGUAUGCAGACUUCAUCGUUAAAGAAGAAACUUGGACGAACACCCCAGAUCUGCUGCCGUUUAUAAUUGCGUAUGUAGACACAUAUUUCGAGUUGUGCCCCCAGUAGAAUGUUUCAAAGUGCUAUACUUUGAGGUUUGGCAGUUUGCACAUGUGCUGUUAUAUCAAAAAACGUAUUGGAGCGGGGUUUCUGCCUUUUUUAAUUUCUGUCAGCCCUUCAAAUUCAUGUUUUUGUCUUUUGUGCACUGCUAAUGACACCAACAGAUCUUUAAUUCGUCCUCAGUCCAGUGGUUUAUCGACUACGCUUGUUAAAAAUGAAUGGAUGUGCCACCGAUUUCUCUGUAUUUUUGAAUUCGACUACAACCUAUGGUUUUUUCAUUUUGUAGUUUCCAGCGGCCACCCCAGUCUCUCCCAUCGUCGCCCUGAUCUUCUUUCUCUUCGGCUACUGUUGUGGUUGGGGUCCUUUGGCAAUGCUGAUCACUCUCGAACUCUUCCCUGUAUCCCAGCGUGGGCCUGCUGGUGGGGCGGCUGUAGCAACGAGUUGGAUAGCUUCAUAUGUGGUCACACAAUCCUGCAAACCAUUAAUAAACUUAUUUGGUGAAUUGUUUACUUUCCUUUCUUACGCCCUCCUCACUGUUGCCGGCUCCGUCUACUUUAUGCGUCACUUGCCGGAGACUAAUCAGGCUUGCCUUUCUUUUCGCGCUCCACCGCCUAUUCCUGUCUAG